AUGUCGCAUUCGUGGUUUUUCCUCGUGUUUCUAGCAGUUAUCGACAUUUCCUUGGCUGCGGAUACGGGAGACAUUCAGGAAAAUCAAGAAGAUUUCAGGUUUUUUUUUGGGUCGAUUUUUCGUAAAACUUGAUGAAAACAAGUACUUCGACUAAAAACGGCUUUGGAAACUGGAAAAUCAAUUUAUGGCCGAUUUUUUCGAUUUUAACGGAACAUGGUAUCUCCUUUUGAGAAUUGUAUGUAAAAUGACGGGGCCUUUUUUCAAUUUUCAUAUAUAAUUUUUUUUUAAAGACUUUUGAAAAGAUACAUGGACAUUGAAUAUUUAAAGCUUUCAAAAAAAAAAACCCUCGAAGUCAGCUUCAUGUUCAGUAAAAUCGAAAAAGCCAAUUUGCGGUACCUGGGACCGCUAUUAGUACGUUUUGAAGUCGAUUCUAUUUAUUUAAUUGGAAAAAAAAGGUUUGUCACCCAUAUCUAUGUCCCAAAAAGCAGCUUUAAACCACUUUUUCCUUUUUUUUUUAUUCAUAUGAUGAUUAACGACCCCAGAAACAAAUGCACGAUGGAAAACUGCUUCGAUUUGUCAAAAUGUCGGGGGAAAGAGCCACGGAAAGUUUUCAUCCACCCAUAUACUGUCGAUCCGGGUCAUCCGGAGCCGUCGCCAGUUUGGCGCCAAAUUCUGCAGUGUAUCCGUGAGAGGUUCAUCCUGGGACUUUUCUUGUUCUUCAACCAAAAAUACAGCGAUUUCUACACGGAGGACCCAUCGGAGGCCUGUUUGUUCGUCUUGGGAAUCGACACGACGGAUCGCGAUAGACGCAGGUGCAGCCAGGAGUUUUUUCUGCGAGAAUCGUUUUUUUUCAAAAUUUAGUGCCAAUUACGUGCCUGACGUCGAUUCCUACAUCGCGAACCUCCCACAGGAGCUUUGGAACGACGGCCGGAAUCAUAUAAUUUUCAAUUUCUACCACGGAACUUUCCCUGACUAUGCCGACCACAAUCUUGGAUUUUACACUGGUCAGGCCAUCAUCGCGAGGGCUUCGCCGAGUUUUCAGGUUUUAUAUAGGUUCUUAGAAUUCUUAGAGUAGUCCCUAGAGGGGCAACCUUGAGGGCCCUUUAAGGUUUCUCUCUAAUGACUACCUCACCUUCCCUAUAGGGGGUACUAACGCUUGCGAAAAAGGCCACUGUAGGGGGAGCAUGCUAGUGAUUCCUAUACGUCUUUUUAAAUUUCAAAUAUGAAAUAAAUCUAUAUACCACUAUAGGGAUCACUUAAGCUUUCGGGGCUUAGGAAUCAGGCUCUGACCCCCUAUAGGGACCACCUAAAUUUUAGCCUUCUAGGGCACCAUUUUGUCCCUUUUAGGGGCUUUAUUUUACCUAACCCCUCUAGUGACCACUCUGGUGUUUCUAAGUUGAUAAUCCGUUUUCACAGCUGAAAAUACUGGAUUCCGAGAUUUUCAUUGUGUUAAAAAUGCGUUUUGGUGCAAGUCCAAGUUAUCACAUUUCCUAAUCUUUCUAAGAAGUUGCUAUCACUUUUUAAUUGAAUAAAUGAGGGAAUAUCUAUAAAAAAAUCUCACGGUGGUAAGAAAAAUCUUUUCAAGACUGUUUUUGGACAGGCUAUGGCUUAGUAAUUAUUAUAGGUAAGAGUACUACGACCUUUUUCUCGGUUUCCUUUCACGUAGUUGAGCCAAAAUCUUGUUGAAGAAUUUGAAGGCAGUAUUUUGUUUUUGAAUUCGGUUUUAGUGAACCUGAACUUCAGAUGGAAGAUUUCAUGAAAAAUCGAACAUUUUCAGAGUUUCCGCGAGUGCUUCGAUAUAUCGUUCCCCUUGUUCCAUGAGAAUCAUCCAUACGAACUCGAAGAAGUUGAGGUGGAUCAAAUUUAUGACCGUCAUGAACUUGAGAAAAGCUUUCAGGAGAAUGAUAUGGCGUCUCGGAACACGUCUUACUUGGUUUCUUUCAAGGGGAAGAGAUAUGUUUAUGGUAUGACAUAACUAGCCGAGUCAGCAGUUUCAAUGAUUAUCCAUAAUUCAAGGGAUCGGAUCUGGAACGCGUAACCUCGUGCACCAUUUGCACAACGGCAAGUCGAUAAUAAUGGUGACGACUUGCAAGCACAACAACGACUGGCAGGUUCGCCUCAUUCCUGCUGCAGCAUCACUUUUUGCUCUUAGAGACGAGAAGAUUGAAGUUUUCCUGUUGUGAUGGAUCAAUUACAAUCCCAAAUACCAUGAUUUAAAAAAAAAGAGUAUAUUCGGAUCUUUCGAAAUGGCUAUAACUAAUGGCAUCAACUUUCAAAACAUCUAAAAAAAAUGCAAAAAAAUGGAAAAAUCUUGUUAUCGAACUUCUUUGUGAAGUUAAAGCAACCCGAAAAAAACGUAAACUGAAAUCAAAGAGUUGAAACAUGGAAUAGGGCCAGAUAAGUGCUUUCUUUAAGAAUUUCGAAUAUCUCUUCUCAAAUUAUUGAAACACCUUUCAGGUCUACCAAGACGAUCGAUGCCAAUCUGACAACGAAGAAUAUGAAAAGUUCUCUUUUUCCAAAUUUAAUCCCUUACCUUGAUAUUUUAUAGAUGGGACUAUGAUACUCUUCUCAAAGAGUCGACGUUCUGUUUAGUGCCACGAGGUCGGAGGCUCGGCUCUUUCCGGCAAGUCUCUCUUCUGAAAUUCUGAGGGACAGGAUUUUUUCAGGUUCCUGGAGACCCUGAGAGCAGGGUGUAUUCCAGUAGUGAUUUCGGAUGACUGGGUCCUCCCAUAUUCUGAAAUUAUCGACUGGUCUGAAGCCGCCCUUGUCGUUCCAGAGCGUCUGGCUCUCACGGUAAGCUUUGGACCUUUCGCGAGAAUUUACCAUCGAAUUUGCAGCUCCCGGAGAUUCUGAUGACGACGGGAAGGAAAAAGGUCGACCUUCUGAAGCAGAAAACCGUUUUAUAUUAUCGUACCUACCUCCAAUCCAUCACCACCAUAACGAGGACUGCCUUUGAGGUUUGAACUUUUUUGGAAAAUCUGGAGACUCAGAAGUUUAGAUUAUCUUCCGACGGCUGGACUCGCUUUGA